GAAUUUUUAUUAAUGAGACAUAAAAAUAAAUAAGAAACCGACCGGUUUAUCAAGGCUAGACCAGAAAUUAUAUGAAGGAAGGAUUGAGGAGGAUAGAUGGAUCAUCAUCAUAAUAUAUUAUGAGAUAAAGCCACGUGGUUAUUAUUGCAGGAGGAGCGGAACCGGAUGCUACUGAGAAGACGAGGGAAACGUGGCGAAGAAGCGAUUAAAUUGAACGGAAACACGAACUUAUCGCCCCACAGAGAGAGAGAGAGCUUUGCUCUGAUUAGUUUCUUUCUUAUAUAUAUAUAUAUAUGGCGGGAAAGUUGGAAUGGGGAUUAUUGUUGUGGAGCGCAAAAAAUUAAAGAUCGUAUGCAUGACGAUGAGGCCCUCUUCUUCGUCUUCUUGUUGCUCUGCUUCUCCUUCGUUAACGCUGUCGUCGCUGUCAGUGGCGGUCGAUAAGGCCACGAGCGAGCUUCUCCUCACUCCUGAUUGGACCAUCAUCAUCGCUAUCUGCGAUUCCCUCAAUUCUAAUCGCGGUCACUGCAAAGAUGCGAUCAAAGCUGUCAAGAGAAGAUUGCAGCACAAGAGCUCUAAAGUGCAGCUACUCAGUCUAAAGCUGUUGGAAGCAAUGCUGAAAAACUGUGGGGAGUUUGUGCAUUCUCAUAUCGCUGAGAAGCAUGUGCUUGAAGAUAUGGUUAAAAUUAUUGUGAGGAAGAAGGGUGAUUUUGAAGUAAGGAACAAAAUAUUGAUAUUGCUGGACACUUGGAAUGAAGCAUUCAGUGCUCGCAAAUACCCUCAUUACAACUGGGCUUACCGAGAGCUAAUUCGGUCUGGUGUGAAAUUCCCACAACGUUCAAAAGAAGCACCCCUAAUGCUCGAACCUUCGUCACAGUCUUCUUCUUCUUCUUCUUCUUCUUCCAUGAAUUUAAUGUCCAUCGGUUCAUUUAAAAGGCUCGACGAAGCAAUGGCUACUGAAAUUGAGAGUCUAAGCUUAUCAAAUCUUGAAUCCAUGAGAACUGUCAUGGAUCUCAUGAGCGUUAUGGUUCAAGCCGUAAAUCCCUCUGAUAAAUCAGCCCUGAAAGAUGACCUCAUAGUUGAUCUAGUAGAGCAGUGCAGAUCUAAUCAGAAGAAACUAAUCCAGAUGCUCACCACAACUUCGGACGAGGAUGUUAUGGCGCGUGGCCUCGAGCUGAAUGACUCUUUGCAGGUAGCGCUCGCCAGACACGACGCUAUCGCCUCUGGUGUCUCUCGUCCUAUGUUGCAGGCUGCCCCAGAAACAAGGGACACGACAUGCUCUGUCCUAAUCAAGACGGGUGAUGCUGAUGCUGCUGCUCUUGAGGCUGACCCUUCUUCAUCAUCAUCGAGCAGUGAAAAUGAAACGUAUGAGGAGGGAGAUGAUGUUAAAAAUGACUUUAUCCAGUUAACCAAAAGUCACGCUCUAUUAAAUGCCGAGGAAGAAGAAGAAGAAACAUUGCUUCUAGGCAACAACAAUGGAAAUACAGCGGAAACAGAAGCCAGGACAGAGUGCAAAGAUCUAGCGCUAUUUGACACAGCAACAAGCAAGUCGGAGCAGGACAUUAUUGAACUUCUCAGUCUAACUUUGUCAACAACAGCUCUGCCGUCUCCACAAACGCAGGCUCCACCAAACACAAGGUUUUUGGCUGAUGAUCAUAUUCUUAUGAACAGCUACGUAGUCCCAUGGGCACAAUCUCAGGCAGAAGCUCAAGUCCCAAAAAUGGCACAGUUUGCUCCAUUGGGACCUCAGUUUCAGCAGCAGCAGCAGCAGCAGCAAUUUUCAUUUGGUUAUCCUCAGGCACAAUGGAACGGUGGUCAAGCCAACAAUUAUAAUGACACAACACUGUGGAGGCAAGGAGGAAGUGAGAAUAAGGUAUUUGAGAGAAACUUACAAUACUCAAACUCCUUUCCAGCUAGAGGAGGGGCGGGGGGACCAUCAGGUGCAGAGGUGGAGGGGCAGGCUCAGCAGCAGCCCCAGAGGCCGUAUGUUCCUCCGUACAAAUUGUUUGAAGAUCUGAAUGUUUUCUGGAAGGGAGAUGGAGGCGUUAGGAGUAGCAAAUGAGAUUUUGUUGGGAUCCCAAAAGAUUUUAAUAAAUUGAAUAACAAUUAUUUUUUUUGUCUUAAUUUGCUGCGAACAAAUAAAAGAGAUACUACUUUGAAUUCCUUACUGAAAUUAACUGUAUUUCCUUGACUUACAAAUCUGGCGAUACAUACAAUAUAUUACAAAGAGUUUGUUUAUUAGUUUGAACAAUACUACAUGUCCAAGAAUAUAGGAGAGUGAGUGGUUUGGCAUAUUCUUUCACUCUCCCUCGGUCUAUUCGUUUGGAGUUCAAAUACAUAGGCAGUGUUUGAACUGUUGAACAAUGUCGUUGGUAGACAUAUUUUGUGAAGAUAUCGGCGCGCGAACUAAGAAGAGGAAGAAAAUAUAAGACUAGAACUGACCCAUGGUUUCAGAUGUUUUUUUUUUGUGAAGAUAUCAAUUUCCACGUGUUUCGUUCUCUGAUGCUUAAUCAAAGAAAUACAAUUAAUUUCAUGUUAUUAGAGCACCUCUAAUGGGGAGUUAAUCUUUGGGUAAGGAUUCUACACUGUUUAGUGGAUUCCACAAUUACAUACAUAUAUAUAAUAUAUAUAUACACACAUUCAUAUUUAGAAUUCCAAUAGGUAGAACCCAUUGAAAGUGCUCUUAAGUCUGAUUUUAAUUUCUUAAAUGUGGCUCAUAUGUGGAUGUCCAGUCCACAAACUUGAUGUUUCAGAUGUACAAUCUUGAGCUUAAGGGGAAGUGUAUCAACAUCCCACUACAAGAAAUAUGGAUAAAUGGAAAUAAUAUAUAAGGUGAUGUGAUAAUCCUCAACUUUUCAACUAUUUUUUUGGAUAUGAGUUAGGUCUAUAACUAAUACUUACACCUAUGUCAUUUGAACUCCACUUUUCUCUUACUUAGUAGGAGUUCCAGCUCCACAAACCCAACACAAGAUCGUCCUUUCCCCUGGUAUAGUUGUUAGUACUCGUUAAUCCUAGUUCACCUCCACAAUUUCGUUGUUGAAACAUUCAUAUAUUCCUCCGAUCCAACUUUAUAUAUUCCAAAGUGUAAUGUUAGUUCACCUCCACAAUUUAGUUGUUGAAACAUUCAUAUAUUCCAACUUUAUAUAUUCCAAGUGUAAUGUUAUUUCUUCGAACCACGCUACUCGUAGAAGAACAAUUAAGUGUCUGCUAUACACAAUGUGAUUCUUUAGAAAAAGCUAACAGGUAAUAAUUGGAAGUGUUCUUUUUUUUUUGGAACACAAGCUUUAAUUAAUCCUUAAACAUUCGGACUACAUUUAGAUGGAGUUUUAAACAAAACUCUACAAACACAAGACAAUAAAGCAUAAAAGAUAGAUGUAGAAAAACCUCUAUAAUGAAAGUGACCAAAUCAUCAGAAAAACGAAUCACACUAGCCUAGCCUAACUAAUGGAGUGUAUGGUUUAUGAUAUUAAGAAGCAAAAAAUGAUUCUCAAUGAAAUUCAUCCUAUCUGCUGCCUGCCUUACUACAUGAAUACUAGAUCCAAAAAACGAUCACUCACUUCCUCCGGAGAGCACAACCGAAACAAAGAGACCACGGGCGAUAGAGAUACCUCUGUAUAGUUGGGAGAACACGAAACAGCUUCCUAUUAUCGGAAAGACGAGAGGCGGCCAUGCUCGCUCGCAUCGUUUUUUUUUUUGUGUUUCCCGCCGUUGGUUAAAUUCAUCUUGAGACGAUUAGUUAAAAACUUUUUUGAGACUAGAUUUUGAUCCGGACAGUGUCUGCUGAUAAUUUUGAUAAAAUAUGCAUUAAUUUAUAACCUCUUAUCAAAAAAAAAGUUGUUUUGAGUUUUAAAUAGUGUUUUUAUAUCCGGCCUAGAUUUAUGGUCGAAAAAAAAUUCCGAGGAUUCGUAUAUAACGAAUAUAUAGCAUAUGUUAACAUAUAUAAUUUGUGUAUAUAAAGGUUUAUACAAAUAUUCAUAUAUAAGAAUCAAAAUGGUAUAAUUUGUUUAUUUAGAUCUGUCUUCCAUUAGUUUAAAAUGAUUUUUAAUGUCUUAAACAUAUAUAGUUUGUAAUGAUAAAAAUAUAUUUGACAAUAUUUUAUUUCAAAUAUAAUUUUGUUCUCACAAAUUCCCCAAAAUGUUCUUGAUGUGUUUAGUUAAAUGAUUUUAUACAAAUUAAUAUAUUUUUUAUUGCGAUAUUUUUUUGCAUAUUCUGGUAUUUCUGACAUAUUUAUAAUAUCAAUUAUACAUACUAAAAUUUUAUUUUCAAACAUUUUAAACUUAAUCAUUUUUAAUAAAAAUAUAUAGUGUUUAGUUUAGUGUUAUCAAAAAACUUUAAAUUGGUAAACAAUAUCAUAUAAAACUUUAUAGUGAAUAAGUAAUUUAAAGACUGCUGUAAAUAAUUUUAAGAUAAUAAAUGUAGUGGUACAUUUUAAAAAGGAAAUAAUAAAGGGGAGAGAAAAUUUAAUUAAUUUGAUUGGUUUUUAAGUUUUGGAAUAUUUCUUAAAUUAAUUGGUUGAUAUUAAUUAGUUAAAAUAUACAUAAAUUUAUGAGUGGUAUUCUUUCGUAAAUAACUCUAAAAACUUAGGGCAAAAUCCUAUUUAAUAGUAUAGAUGGGUUUGGGUAGCAAACGAGCUUCCAUAUUAAUUCGUUUAAUACGCGCACGAUAGGCGAGUAAUCACACGUUCCAAUGGCAGCGGCCGACACCUUUAGUUCAGAUGACUUCCUCGUUUUUUCUUUCGUCAGUCAGUUGACUUCGUAACUCAUUAUUUAGUGUUGAUCAAUGAUAUUGGUUCUUCUACAGUUCUAUUUAACAUUAUUUAAUAUCUAAAAACACUUUGAUCAUUCACAACACUAGAUUAGUAACACUGGAAAUUAACAUAACAUAAUUGAAAAAAAGUUAAGAACAUAACAUUAAAUAAGAACAUUCUGGAUCAUCAGAAGUAAAUCAGUUUAGCUCCUCUAUUUGAUAAAAAAUGGUUUAAUUACUCUUUAAGACCAGAUAAUAUAGAAAUGUGUGUAUAUAUUUUCUUUUUAAGUGCCGAAUGAAAUGACUUCAGCAAUUUCGUUAUUAGAUUUUAGAAUACGGCAAGCUAAAGCAACAUUUGGAAAGAAUAACAAAUCAAUAUUGAACCACCAAAACUCAUUGCAUGUGUGUAUCAUUGCUUGAAAGACGACGACGGCUUAAUUUAACACAAAGACAAAGGGUUGUUUUUUUUUGUAAACAAA